UGCCAAUCGAAUUGUGAAGUCUACCACGUUACUGCGUGAAUCGAUCCCCCAAGAUUAACCCUCGUCCUGAUAUCGUUUCCAUAUCGAAGAUGAUCUCAAGAAGUGCCGCAAGGUGUCUCAGACGCACCACCGCCUCUCUACAGUCGAUACGGACAAGACAAACACCAUCUUUACACACAGGAGCUGUUUCUACUCGGUCAGCAUUAUCCAGAACACCUACUACGGUACGAUUUCGGCCAGUAUCACAGACCUCUGCCUUCCACACAUCAUCACAAUGGCAGGCUCAAUCACCAACUGCAGACGCCCUCAUGGAGAAUUUGACAGACUUGUAUGCGACCGCAAAAGACGAGUUCGAAAUUGCUGCAGAAGAGACGGAGAAAAAGACCGUAUACGCGGCUGAUGACCGAGAAGCUGCGGCAGCCGCAUUGCAGACACUAAAAGACGGAUUUGAGAAGGCCGUCAAAGAGAGUGCCCCUGAAGUGGGCAAAGAAAUCCAGAGCAGAGUUGGCCAAAGAAUACGCGAGUUAGAAAAUGCUAUCAAGGCGAUGGAGGAAAGGGCCAUGGAGGACUAGAGUCGCACUCUUCAUAUCGCAUUAGUCCGGACCUAACAACCAAAGACAUUCUGGCGACAUUGAUGCCAAGGCGUACAUCAAACGAGUCAAGACUUACGAUGGCUUUGCGAUGGGAAUACCUGGAUAUGCUCUCGAGACCGAUAGUACGCUGUAAGAGUGACUACUAAUGGUGGUUAAGGAGAACGCUGCAGACUCUGGUCCUGCCGUGCACAGCGAAGCAUAGUAUGUCGCAACGAUCAAAGCACAAAAAGGAAUGUCACAGGAAACAUGGAUGAAUCAUAUCGAAUCAUAGACUUCUCUCAAGUACAGACGUGAGCUUGCGUCCAUACGCCAUCUGCAGCGGUAGUUAUGCUCGCUGGAAAAUGCAAC